AUGUGUCACCAGAUUCUGACACCUUUCGGUUCGGACGUCCAUGCAGGUCCGGAAGGCGUUAUUCGUGAUCAUCUCGUUAAGCUAAUAUGUAUAAUAACGUCAAAAGUGCUGAUUAUACUUUGUGGUUUAACGUUGUUAUAUUCUACGAAAACAACGCGUCGUCGAAUUGCUUUAUUAAUUGAAAAUUCUGCAUACUCUGAUCUCCAAAUAUUGCCUAGUGUGAUUAACGAUGUCAGGGAUAUGAGAUCUAUGUUAAUUAAAUUGAAGUUUAAAGUUUUGUCAGCUGAGAAUGUGGAUUUAGCUCAACUAUAUGCCUACGAAAAAGAAUUUUAUCGUGAAAUAAAACCUAACGAUGCUGUUUUAAUAUAUUUUGCUGGACAUGGAUAUCAUUGUAAAAACGAUACCUACUUUAUUCCACUUGACCACAAAAGAGCUGGAUCGUACUCACAUCAACAAUUAAUCAGGAGAUUGAACAAAAAUAAAGAGAACAUCAUAUUCAUCUAUAUAAUUGAUACGUGUCCACAAAAUAGCGUGCAAUGUGAUAAUAUACCAAUGAAAACGGAUAAAACCUGCCUUGAAAAUCCACACAUAGUCAUUUAUGCUACACAACUAGGCAGUAAAGCUUAUGAUUACGAAACGAAACGAUGGCAAGUUGUUGGAUAUAAAAAUGGUCAACUGACCAGCGGAGUCUUAAAACAUAUGAAAACUCCAAAUAUGGACAUCAGGAAAAUGGCGAAAAUGGUAAAAGAAUAUGUAAAAUUGUAUGCGACUCGUCCUCAACUACCUGAAAUGCAAGACAAUUGUCUAAAUGAAUCAUUUAUUUUUAAUUCGAUUGAACAUGAAGAGUUUUAG